AUGCAGUUAGCCCUGAGUGUCAGUUUGUGCGCGUGCGAGAUGCAGUUGAUGCGCGGGCGUCCGCAGCGCGGAUCACACGCGUAUCUCUGCGGAGGAAGAGCGUCCGCUCUGUGGAUCUGGGCCUUCUCCCCUCCCUCUGGACCCUCUCCCCUCCCUCUGGACCCUCUCCCAUCCCACAGGACCCUCUCCCCUCCCUCUGGACCCUCUCCCAUCCCACAGGACCCUCUCCCCUCCCUCUGGAUCCUCUCCCCUCCCUCUGGACCCUCUCCCAUCCCACAGGACUCUCUCCCCUCCCUCUGGACCCUCUCCCCUCCCUCUGGACCCUCUCCCCUCCCUCUGGAUCCUCUCCCCUCCCUCUGGAUCCUCUCCCAUCCCACAGCACUCUCUCCCCUCCCUCUGGACCCUCUCCCCUCCCACAGCACCCUCUCCCAUCCCACAGGACCCUCUCCCCUCCCUCUGGACCCUCUCCCAUCCCACAGGACUCUCUCCCCUCCCUCUGGACCCUCUCCCCUCCCUCUGGACCCUCUCCCAUCCCACAGGACCCUCUCCCCUCCCUCUGGACCCUCUCCCAUCCCACAGGACUCUCUCCCCUCCCUCUGGACCCUCUCCCAUCCCACAGGACUCUCUCCCCUCCCUCUGGACCCUCUCCCCUCCCUCUGGACCCUCUCCCAUCCCACAGGACUCUCUCCCCUCCCUCUGGACCCUCUCCUAGGGCAGCACGGACCCUCUCCCCUCCCUCUGGACCCUCUCCCCUCCAUUACUGCCCAGAGUCCACGAAUCCACCGCCUCAGCACACUCAGCACAUUCCAGCUCCGCCUCGACAUGUCGCUCUACAGCUUUGGACUGGAGCCGCUGUCUGUGCACGCCUGGAACAAGGAGCGCACACAAAUCGCAGUGAGUCCCAACGACAACUCUGUCCUCAUCUAUGAGAAGAAGGGCAAGGAGUGGGUGAAGCUGCACGAGCUGACGGAGCACAGCGGCCGCAUCACUGGGAUCGACUGGGCCCCAGAGUCCAACCGCAUCGCCACAUGUGCCGCGGACCGGAACGCCUACGUGUGGACCCUGCGCGAGGGUCAGUGGAAGCCCACCCUGGUGCUGGUGCGCAUCAACCGGGCGGCCACCUGCGUCAAGUGGUCCCCCAAGGAGAACAAGUUUGCCCUGGGCUCCGGGGCCCGCCUCAUCUCCAUCUGCUACUUUGAAGAGGAGAAUGACUGGUGGCUCAGUAAACACAUUAAGAAGGAAAUCCGCUCCACGGUGCUCAGUCUGGACUGGCACCCCAACAACAUCCUUCUGGCAGCCGGCUCCGCAGACCUCCACUGCAGGGUAUUUUCCACCUACAUCAAGGACAUUGAGGAGAAGCCGGGGCCCACAGCUUGGGGAGUGAAGAUGCCGUUUGGGGAGGUUCUGCUGGAGCAUAAAGACUGUGGAGGAUGGGUGCACAGUGUGGCCUUCAGCCCCAGUGGAGACCAGCUGGUCUGGGUCUCUCACAACAGCAGCAUGGCCGUGGCCGACGCCUCCAAGGACAAGGAGGUGACCACGCUGACCACGGAGAGCCUGCCCCUGCUGAGUGUGCUCUACGCCAGCCCCACCCACAUUGUUGCCGCGGGCCAUGACUGCUGUCCGUACCAGUACUCGUACCAGGGGCCGGGAGAUCUGACCUUUGUCAAGAAGCUGGACGUGCCCAAGCAGAGCUCCAAGAGCACGGUGUCGGCCAUGCAGCACUUCAAGAACCUGGACAAGAAAGCCACGGAGGAGGACAUCGGUGAACUGGGCACGCUGCACCAGAACAGCAUCAUGCAGCUGUGUGUGGUGUCGGCUUCAGGGGACAGCGUGAGCUCGUUCAGCAGUGUGUCUCUGGAUGGAGCCAUGGGGAUCUGGAAACUGCAGCAGUGA